AAGAAAGGAGUAAAAGUGGCAACAUGAAAAGGCAUAACUGAUGCCAAUGCAUGUUAAAACAUCUGCUUCUCUGUUUUGCAGGUAGAUGGCGGUUUAGGGCCCUCAACCAUUGAUAUGGCUGCUUCAGCAGGAGCAAACUGCAUUGUUGCAGGGACCUCAGUGUUUGGGGCCCCUCAGCCAGCUGAAGCUGUAUCUCUUUUGCGAAGGAGUGUUGUUGAAACCCAGAAAAACGCUGAUCUUGUUACAGGGAAGGGACAUUACUGUUGGAUGUAUAGGAGAGCUUCUUGAAGGGAAUAAAGUAACAGAGAAAAUCAAGCUUGUUGAAAGGGAAGCAAUCGAUCAUUAUGACAGAUUUCAUAUUGUGUAUAUUUUACUUUCUUAACUUGUAUUUCUUUUUAUGUAAGAAUAGUUUUAGGCUAAACUUUAAUCACUAACCUCUCUAUAAACAAUGUAUUUUGUA